AUGGAAAACAACAAUCAGGCGAACAAAUUUCGCGUCGACGCAAUUUGGGAUUGUAACGCCACAAAAUACCGUGUCGGAUGCCAUACUUUGCAUGUUACCCAGGUAGAAUAAUUUGGGGGGUUUUGGGGGAGAAUUUUGGUCCAGGGGCCGCGAAAAUUGAAUUUUUCAUGAAAAUUUGACCCUGGGACCGCCAAAAAUAAAUUUUUUGACCUCAGGACCUCAAAAACCGAAAUAUUGGAAAUUGAAUUUUCAAUGAGGUUUUCUAUGAAAUUCGACAGUAGGACCUUGAAAAUUAGAUUUUCUCACUCCGAGACCCUAAAAAUCUGAAAUUUCGACCUCGGGACCAUUAAAUCUGGAUUUUAAGCAAAAUUCUGAUCUCAGGAAUGCAAAAAUUUAAUUUUUCAUGAAAUUUUGUAUCCAGGAACGUUGAAAAAUGAAUUUUUUGGUCUCAGGACCUCAAAAACCGAAAUUUUGCCUUCAAAUUGGAUUUUCCAUGAGAAUUUGAUCCCGGGACUCUGAAAAUCGGAUGUUUCAUGAAAAUUGCGACUUUAUGACCUUAAAAAUUUGAUUUUCUAUGAAAUUCCAACAGUAGGACCUUGAAAAAUGGAUUUUUUCAUCCUGAGACACUAAAAAUCUGAAAUUUCGACCUCGGGACCAUUAAAUCUGGAUUUUAAGCAAAAUUCUGAUAUCAGGAAUGCAAAAAUUGAAUUUUUCAUGAAAAUUUUACCCAGGGACCUCAAAUGUGGAUUUGUCCACAGAAUUUCAACACAAUUCUCAAUCCAUGGCCUAGAAAACUAAAUAGUAGGAUUUCUAGGCCACCAACUCCGGAAUUGAAUCAAAAACGAAUUUUUUGGUUCAAAAUUCAUCAAAAUUAAUCAGAUUUUCAAAAAUUUUCCCCAUUUUCAGGCAACAAAAUACAUUGGCUACACUCAAUUAUUCGUAAUUGCCAUCUUUUCGCUUUCUCUUCUCUAUGCUUACACUUCGCAAAUCAGCUAUGAAGAAAAAGAGAAUGGAGAAUUGAAUUGGAGCAUCAAUGUAUAUAUGGCCAGAUACAUUUCGUCGCUUUUGAGCGCGUUGACUUUGCAAUUGGGAUUGGUGAGUUGUUUUUUUUUGGUCUUGGCACGCUGAAAAUUGAAUUUCUUGUGAAAAUUCGUUCUCGGGACCUUUUAGGCCCUAAAAUUUCACUCCAGGACGCUGAAAAUUGAAUUUUUCAUUAAAUUUGACUUCAAAACCUUCAAAAUUGCAUUUUUCUGUGAAAAUUCGGUCCCGGGACCUUUAAAAUCUCAAAUUUCCAUUCCAGCAUCUUUGAAAUUGGAAUUUUUUGUUAAAAUCUGGUUUUGGGACCUUUGAAAUCUCAAAAUUCCACUCCAGAUCCCUGGAAAUCAAAUUUCUCAUACAAAUUUGACUUCAGAACCUUCAAAAUCUGAAAAUUUCACUCUAAAACGCGCGUUUCUCUUGAAAUUUUCAAUUUUCAAUAAAAAUUCCACAAAAUUUUCUUUUUUCUAAAAAAAAUAUGCAAAUUUCACAAUUUUUCUCAUCAAAAAAUUUAAAUUUCCUCAUUUUGAGAAAAAUUUUGGAAAUUUAUCAAUUAAAAGUGAAAUUUUAGAUUUGCAAGUGCCCUGGAUCAAAAUUUCAUCAAAAUUUUCAAUUUUUGAGUUCCUGGAGCGAAAUUUUCAAAUUUUUAUGGUCCCAAGGAUCGAAAAUCUAGGGAAAUCCGCAUUUUUAAAGUCCUGAAGUAGAAUUCUGAAAUUUUGAUGGUCCCUGGGUAAAAAAUCCGAUUUUCAUGGUCCCACAGUAGAAAUUUCAUGAAAAAUCCAAUUUUGAAGAUCCUAAAGUGAAAAUUUCAAAUUUUUAUGGUCCCAAGGAUCGAAAAUCUAGGGAUAUCCUGAUUUUCAAAGUCCUAAAAUAACAUUUCAAGAUUUGUGAGGUCCAGGGGGUAAAAAAUCCGAUUUUCAUGGUCCCAGAGUCAAAUUUUCAUGAAAAAUCCAAUUUUGAAGAUCCUAAAGUGAAAAUUUCAAAUUUUCAUGGUCAGAAAAAUUCAAAUUUUAAGCUUCGAGGAUCAAAAAUCUAGGGAUAUCCUCAUUUUGAAAAUCCUGAAGUAGAAUUCUGAAAUUUUGAUGGUCCCUGGGUAAAAAAAUCCGAUUUUCAUGGUCCCACAGUCGAAAUUUCCAGAAAAUUCCGAUUUUUAAGGUCCUGGAGUGAAAAUUUCAAAUUUUUAUGGUCCCAAAGAUCGAAAAUCUAGGGAAAUCCUCAUUUUCAAAGUCCUAAACUAACAUUUCAAGAUUUGUGAGGUCCAGGGGGUAAAAAAUCCGAUUUUCAUGGUCCCAGAGUCAAAUUUUCAUGAAAAUUCCGAUUUUUAAGGUCCUGGAGUGAAAAUUUCAAAUUUUCAUGGUCAGAAAAUUCAAAUUUGAAGCUCUGAGGAUCGAAAAUUCUUAGAUUAUGAUGGUCCCUGGGUAAAAAACCUUUUCGAUUUUUUCUAGGUAUUGAUGAUGCUUCACGGAGUUCGCACAUCUCGUCGUUGCCUUCUGAUUCCCUACAUCUCAUUCGCCGCCAUCGCACUUUUCCUGGCAAUUUUCCAACUCUCCAAAGAUGUGCUCACUUUCAUCGAUUCGCAAACCUACACAACAGCCGCCCAAAACACCGCCUCCUACAUUUUGAUUCAUUUCAUCGGAAUUUUGGUGCAUGUUUGGUGCAUGAAAGUCGUCUGCAAGUGCUAUUCCUUCUUUGGCGAUAAGAAUGUGAGUUUGAGAUGUGCGAUUUUUGAAAUCACCGCAAAAUUUCGAGUUUUUUUGGUGGAUUUUGGAAAUUUGCACCGGAAAGACGCCAGCACUUGAAAUGCGUCAACAAGCGGUUCCCAAGUUUUGAAAAUAUCAAAUUAUUAUCCAGAAUGUCUCCCUCACCUUUUUGCACCCAAAAAUGACCCAUUUUCACCUUGCACCACAAAUGCGCCAGCAAGGGCUUACUGACGCGUUUGUGGUGCAGUUCCAAAAUGUGUGAUUUUUGAGCGCAAACUGAUUCAUGAGACUUGUAGAACACGAUAAAAACGCUUGAAAAUUUUGUUGACGUGUUUUCGGUGCUGGCGCAUAUUUGGUGCACUUUAGAGUUCACGAAUCUGGCAACUCGUGUUUUCGAGGCUUUGAAAAUAUCAAAUUAUUAUCCAGAUUGUCUCCCUCAUCAUUUUGCACCCAAAAAUGACCCAUUUUCACCUUGCACCACAAAUGCGCCAGCAAGGGCUUACUGACGCGUUUGUGGUGCAGUUCCAAAAUGUGUGAUUUUUGAGCGCAAACUGAUUCAUGAGACUUGUAGAACACGAUAAAAACGCUUGAAAAUUUUGUUGACGUGUUUUCGGUGCUGGCGCAUAUUUGGUGCACUUUAGAGUUCACGAAUCUGGCAACUCGUGUUUUCGAGGCUUUGAAAAUAUCAAAUUAUUAUCCAGAUUGUCUCCCUCAUCAUUUUGCACCCAAAAAUGACCCAUUUUCACCUUGCACCACAAAUGCGCCAGCAAGGGCUUGCUGACGCGUUUGUGGUGCAGUUCCGAAAUGUGUGAUUUUUGAGCGCAAACUGAUCGGUGAGACUUGUAGAACACGAUGAAAAAGUUUACAACGCUUGAAAAUUUUGUUGACGCGUUUUCGGUGCUGGCGCAUUUUUGAUGAAUUUUUGGAAUUUGCACCGAAAAUGCGUCAACAAGCGGUUCCCAAGCAGUGUAAAUAUUGAAUUAUUAUCCAGAAUGUCUCCCUCACCUUUUUGCACCCAAAAAUGACCCAUUUUCACCUUGCACCACAAAUGCGCCAGCAAAGGCUUGCUGACGCGUUUGUGGUGCAGUUCCAAAAUUAGUGGUUUUUGAGCUCAAACUGAUCGGUGAGACUUGUAGAACACGAUGAAAACGCUUGAAAAUGUUGUUGACGCGUUUUCGGUGCUGGCGCAUAUUUUGUAGCUCGAAAAAAAAAACCAAAAUUUUUACAGGUCGCUGAAUCGAUCGGUCAACAACUCCAAACAACAUCAGUCGCAUUCGCCGUCGACUUUUCCCGUCCACCACCGUACUCGAGACUUCCAACCGACGCCGCAGCCGCGCAACCUCUUACCCAAGCCUAA